UUUCCCGCCUUGUUAACCAGACCUAAAUCUGGACCGUCUGCAUGGGUGGGGUGAAAGGUUCAGACCUUCUAGACAUCCUGUGCCUCGCCCUGGCAAAGACGCUCUCAAAUUACAGGCCUGAUGACCCCCUUCAGGGGUUUAAAGAUGAUGUGUAAGCUGCUGAGCUUGGAGCUACAGGAAGAGCUAAGUCGCACAGGUCGAUCUCGAGAAGUGCUGGACCUAGGGCAGGUACUAGACACAGGCGAGAGGAAGAGACGCGUGCCUUACAGUCUUUCUGAGACAAGGUUGGAAGAGGCUUUGGAGAAUUUAUGUGAGCGGAUCCUGGAUUACAGUGUCCAUGCUGAGCACAAGGGCUCAUUGAGAUAUGCCAAGGGUCAGAGUCAGACCAUGGCAACACUGAAAGGCCUAGUGCAGAAGGGAGUGAAAGUGGAUCUGGGGAUCCCUUUGGAGCUGUGGGACGAGCCCAGUGUGGAGGUCACACUCCUCAAGAAGCAGUGUGAGACAAUGCUGGAGGAAUUUGAAGAUGUUGUGGGAGACUGGUACUUCCACCACCAGGAGCAGUCCCUACAGCACUUUCUCUGUGAAGGCCAUGUACUUCCAGCCUCUGAAACUGCUUGUCUACAGGAAACCUGGACUGGGAAGGAGAAGAGCAGUGAUGGGCAUGAGGAAGCAGAAGAGGAGGAGGAAGAGGAGAUAACCAAGACUUCAGGCAAUCGAAAGCAUGACCCAGAGGAUCUUUGAACCCCCAGGAGGGGUCAUGGGAGUUUUCUAGAUUCUCUCUCUUUCCCAUCCCAAGGCUUGUAACUGUCCUUUUCGUAUGAUCUCAGGCAUGAUCCUGGGGACCCAGAAUGGCAACAUGAGUGGAGGAAAAGGUGGAGAGAAGCAGGAGCAAAUGUUGCCUUCAGGGAUGAGCCACAUGCAGCUGCUUAAUUGACCAAGUGUGUGUGGCGACAGUGAUGAAGCUGCUCUCUAUUAUACUGGUCCUCACCCGCACCGAUUGCUCAGUGAUGGUAUGAGCUGUGGGAAAGUCACUUUGCUUUUUUUUUUUUUUUUUUUUAGAUUUUAUUUAUUAUGUAUACAACAUUCUGCUUCCAUGUAUAUCUGCACACCAGAAGAGGGCACCAGAUCUCAUAAUGGAUGGUUGUGAGCCACCAUGUGGUUGCUGGGAAUUGAACUCAGGAACUCUGGAAGAGCAGGCAGUGCUCUUAACCUCUGAGCCAUCUCUCCAGCCCCAGUACUUUGCUUUUUAAAGGGUCUAUUUCAGACCUUUUCAAGAGGUCACAGGAGGGCUACAGAUGUAGCUCAGUUGGUAGAAUGUCUGCCUAGCAUGGAUAGUGAUGUGAAUUGGACCACAUAAAACCUGAUGUGGUGGCAAACCCCAAUAGUCUCAGCACUUGAGAAAUGGAGGCAAGAAUAUCAGAAGUGCAAUCAUCCAGCUCCGUGGCAGUUUCAGUUUAAGACCAGCCAAAGCUACACGAGAACCUGUCUCAAAAUAAGCCAGAAAGGGGCACUCGCCAACCUACAUACAUGAAUCCGUAUGCCAUAAUCCUAACAAGAACAAGACAUCGGAAAACAUGCUGCUGAUAGGUUAGGUGGGGUAGACACGUGGCCUGUUUCAUAUUUCACAGGUGCCAUAUAUUCUGUAUCGCUAUUAAACCUUUUCUAUAUGAAUCGA